AUGAUUGCCUCACUACCAACACCCCCCGCGAUCGCAACAGGGUCCUAUGGGAUCGCCGCCGUGAUCGGCGCCGACGAUAACGCCCUAACAAAACCCCAAGAUCUGACCGCGAUAGCCGCAAUCGCCGUUCGCGCUAUGAACCCUACCAAGCCACUGACCGUCGGCAUGCAAAAUGGACACGGUGAUGUCUCCGAGUUGGCAGAUAUCAUUACGCAGGUAAUCGCUAUAGGUGCUGUAAGGUAUAAUCUGGAAGAUAUAGACGCGACUGGCGUGCUGCGAUCGGUAGAUGAGGCUACGGCAUGGGUUGGGGUGGUUAUUUGUUGUUCAGGCGGCAGAAAGGCUGGGGUUCCUGACUCUGUUCCCUAA